GAUAGAAAAGUGUUUCGCAAAAUGACGAUGUAUUAACACCGAGAACCGCCGAAAAAAGCAUCCUUCCGGUGAAAAAUCACCAAUUCGAUUCCUUCUCUUCUUAAAACUGUACGACCAAAAUGUGGGUUUGGCCCACAAAUUAAACAAAUAGGCUACUGAGGGGACUUGCGGCUUUGGUCCAUGACCUUACUCAUUCAUUUUCAUAAUUGGUGAAAGUGUAAAACUGGUAACAUAUGUAUUUGGAAAAAUUUUAAUUUCGGGGUGCGAAGAUGGUGAUGUGAUGUAACUGUUUUUUUUAUUUUUUUAAUAUUGUGCAUCAUGGUCCUUCGAGGAAUAAUCGUUUCCUUCUGUGGGAUACGAUCAACUAACAGCUAACAUGAGGAUUUGUAUACAAAUUCUAACGUACUCGUGACGAUUGCACGUUGGCUAGGAAGUAGCCCGAGGGAUGCGCGCUGGGGAGGAAUAUUCUGAGCUGGCUGAUUUAGGCAGCUCUUAUCUAGGAGGAGGCCGUUACGGAGGCACCGCUUGGACUCGCACUCCGGGAAGAACCCGGAAUAACACAAUGCCUGCUGAGGCCGAAGAUGUGCUCGACCCCAGCGGCAGCCCCAGGGGCCAUUCCAGGAGCCGCUCCGGUCUGUACUAUUCUCCUCCUGGCACUUCCUACACUAUCGUCGAGAGGCCGUCGUCUGUGAUGCACCACCACUCUUCCAGAGAUUACAAUACGCAGCAUUAUAACACCCUCACUAGUCCCAGGGGUACGUAUCUGGGGUCAAAUCCUAAUUUCAGCACGGCAAGCAGAACAACACCAAGUAAUAACAAGAAACGGCCGAUAUCUCCGGAACAAGUUCUUCGUUUAUUCGGUAGCAAUAAUCAAUCAAACACUAAAUUAAAUCCAGAAAGGCCGCGAAGGUCUCCAGCUAGUAGUCCUCCUUCAACCACACACCAAGUUAAUUAUCGAGCUCCCUACGGCCCUAGCAUACAUGAACUGUCAACGAGAACUGUCACAAUGGUUAGGGACCCCCAGGAUGGGACCCACGGGUUCGGGAUUUGUGUCAAAGGAGGGAAAGACGCAGGCGUGGGUGUGUACAUCUCGAGGGUGGAAGAAGGCAGCGUGGCGGAACGUGCAGGAUUGAGGCCUGGCGACUCAAUAUUAGAAGUUAACGGAACACCAUUUACCGGCAUCUCACACGAAGAAGCUUUGAAGAUGUUGAAAUCAUGUCGGAAGUUGAGCAUGACGGUUCGAUCUCCCACACUUCCGUCGGGAUUAACUUGCGGAGGCGCUCCUUGGCAAAUGCGACAAACUUGCUCUUGGAUGGAUCGACAUGGAAGGCCAGUGUCGCCUCCAUUGGAAUAUGCAAGAAGUGGUCAAGUUCCAGCGCAGAGACACGGCUACGGCUGGAAAGGAAACAAAGACAGGAGCAUACGAAGGGUGGACCUCUGCAUCGAACCAGGCCAGAGUCUCGGCUUGAUGAUCCGAGGCGGCGUUGAGUAUAAUCUAGGGAUUUUUAUCACCGGAGUUGAUAAAGAUUCAGUGGCAGACAGGGCUGGACUUAUGGUCGGGGAUCAAAUUUUAGAAGUGAACGGACAAUCUUUUAUGGAUGUGACACAUGACGAAGCGGUCGCACAGCUCAAAUAUCAUAAGAGGAUGAGUCUUCUGGUGAGGGAUGUCGGGAAGGUUCCACACUCAUGCACUGCCUACGAUAGGGAAUGGGACUUGUGCAGUCCAGGGAGCAAAGCGGCGCAAACAACGAGAAAAUGGGCGGCGGCUCUUCAGAUGGUGGAGGAAAAGGCGCGGUGUCUUCUCUCUCGACCGGAAUUUACCACCCUUUGCUACUAUACCGAUGAGUACGCGUCCAGACAUAUGACCAUAGAUGCCUUCGUACAAGUCAUGACUGAACUUCUCAAUACUCCUGAAAAAUAUACUCUUAUGACUGAACUAAGAGAGAUAGUAGCCAUCGAAGAUCGGGUAAGAUUCGACGAAUUAGUGUACAGAAGAGAUGUUGAAACUUCUAGAAUAAGAGAUCCUAGAGAGCACGAUUACAGACACUCGCGGAGAAAAGGAAUACCCAUUCCGGAUCCCAACCAACCGGCAAACUUUUCAACUUAUCAUGAGGAGUACGGUCCAGUAAUAGAGCCACCUCCUGGUGUAAGUAUUAGUAACGAAGACGAAUAUCGCUCUCCCAGUGAGGAUUCAGGUUUAGGAAUGGGAAUUUCAGAUAGAAUUCAGAGAACACGCCCACCAAGUGCCACAGGAAAAAUAGUAACCGCUUUAAACGACGAAGAUCACCAAACUCAGGAAUAUGCCAGCGGUGACGAGGAAAAUCCUCCGGGGACCCGGAGUCGGAGACACUCCAGUCCGGGGGAAUCCAGGUCUGAGAGCACCACGGCACUACAUCAGCAGGAUUAUCCAGAUUCUGACCAGAGCGGGUACCUUGGUGGUCUGCGAUCGAGCUUAGGAGGGUGGACGCAGAAAGUCAAGUCUUGGUACUGGGGCAGACCUCUUGAAUUGGCACACAAGUUAUCGCGGAGCUUCGACAUGAAGGACGAGCAGGCCCUUUUGGAGGGCGAGGGCUGCAUGCGCCGCCACCAGUCCAUGCAGCGGCUGGCCCGCGACGGCGGCGCCGAUGGACAGCGCGAGGCCGCUAGAGUAAUCCAGGACGAGGAGGGCAAUCUGCGGGUCACGGUGAAGAAGACAAAGCCCAUUCUGGGGAUAGCCAUCGAAGGCGGCGCCAACACGAAGCAUCCUCUGCCGAGAAUCAUCAACAUAAAUGAAAACGGGGCUGCGUACAGCGCGGGAGGCUUGGAAGUGGGCCAGUUGAUCCUCCAGGUGGACGGCACUCGUGUCGAGGGCCUCCAGCACCAAGACGUUGCCCGCCUCAUUGCGGAGUCAUUUGCGCGGCGAGACCGCGACGACAUCGAGUUCCUGGUCGUUGAGGCGAAGAAGAGCAACAUGGAGCCGAAACCGACGGCUCUUAUCUUCCUAGAAGCCUAACACUUGCUUAGCCUCCCCGCUAGCGACCCUCCGGGUCCCAGCAACGUCACCGACUGAACUCUACUGCUACAUAUCAUUGUAUCAUCAAGCGAGAUUCCUUUGUUGGGCUGCGAUUAUCGUCUGGAACAAUGAAAUCUCGUGUAGGAGUAGUAGGUGGAGGGCUGUACCCGUUUGGAACACGUGGAGAGAACAUUAGUUUCUUGCGAGCUGAGGGCAUUGUUAAAGACUGAAUUAAUUUUUCGUGUUUUUCGAAUGAUUCGGGGGUUUGGAAAAAACGGGUACAGUUCUUUUUAGAAUCAAUAUAAUAUGCAUUCAAACCAUUGUAUUAAAACAUCAGACUCAUUAAUUGUUACUUGUUGUGUACAGCUUUAGUAUUACGCUUUCGUUGUAAGCAAAUGGUUGUGCAUAUUAUAGAGGGUCACUCGUCAAAUACUGGUAUUUGGCUGUGGCUUCGGUGACACCAAUAGCGAAUUCUAGAGGGAGAGGCACUUCUAUAUCACUCAAAUGUACAUACACAAAAUUAUAUUGAGAGAAAUAUAUCAAAUUUUAUUUUGUAAAAAUGCAGUAUUAACAAACAACGUCUAGCUAAAUAAUAGCUGUGCCAAAGUAAGCGAGCCUUAGUGAAAAACUGUUCGCUUCAUCACUUUUAUGUUAGUCAUAUAAAAAACAGAAGUUCCAGAAAGUGCACAUUUAUUUUCAAUUUCCAAUUGAUUAUUUUUGGAAUUGCUGAAAAAAUUCACGAAAAAUUCAAUGUCUGCCUUCACUGCAUUUUGCAAAGCACUGUUGAUUUUGUGCGCUGAUGUAAAUAAUGUUAUUUAAUUUAGGACUUAAGUGCGUGAUUAUCUACUUUAAGUAGAGGAAAUAGAGAGUAGAAAUAGAGCUUAAAGCUGAGACAUCAGAAAUAUUUAUACUAAAACUAAAUUCGUUGCGUCUUUAUACAGAUUGGUGAUUUACAAAAUGUAGCAAUAAAUAGCAAACAGUUUGUCAUAUCGGAGUAUAUUCUAAAGUGUUUUACAUACAAUUCAUGAAAACAUACUGUUGAUCAAUCUGUACAAAAACUGCAGAAAUUUAGCUGUUAUUGUUGCAAACCUGCAUCGGCUAAAAUUAAAUGUAUAUAGAUAUAUUAGGUGCUACAUAACAUUCAUUUAUUUCAUGAAGAUUUGUAAAUUUUAUUACUCUAUUAACUAAGUUAUCUAUUUACUAAUGUUAAUAACUGUUGUUAAAUGACGUGCGAUUUUAAUAAUUAUAACGAAUCAGGGAAUAAUGUUACAUUUAUCUUGAAUUAGUUGUUUGUUUCAUUUUUAAUGUUUACGUUUGUUGAAUGAGAAAAUUGAUUAUCGUUAAUGUUAAACACUACAGUUAGCCAAGCUGAAGUUGCUUAUUCCAUAGGUUUUGAAAUGAUAUUUAAAGAUUAUAGACUGUAAUGUUUUACAUAAUUCGUAGCAGUCCUUCCCUUAUUUUUUCAAUCAUUGUAAAAUUAUUGACGAAUGACCAACAACCCAUUGUAGUGUGCCAACUCCAGUAAAGAAACACAUAGAUUUAAUUAAAAAUAAUGCGCUUCUAACAGUCGAUUUACAAAGUAGCAUUUUUCCAUCACUUUUUAUUUUUAUAUUGGUCACUAAAUACAAAUAUUAUACAACCUCGAAGGCUUAUUCAGAUUUUUCCAAACAUUUGUUACGUUUUUUGGCAAUCAUUUUCACUUACAAAAACUUUGAUGAUUAUAAAAAUGACACGAAUUAAAAUCUUAUUGUAAUAGGUAUGCACACGUGGAGGAAAAUAAAUAUUAAUUACCAAAUUGUAUAUAAUCCAAAAAUUUACUAUUAUAAAAUAGAUCUGUUGUUUUAUCGUUAGAUUUGAAUUGUUAUUUUUGUCUGAUCCUUUAUUUAUAAAUACGUAAACUUAAGUGAAUGCCACAAUCACAUUAAUUAAAAUUGUUUUACACUGUUCAUACGCA